GUGAAGGUAGAAAGUACUUGGGGACAUUUUUGAGGAUACACACUACGGUACCAUGGAUCUGGUAAUAUGCCAUCAUCACUUAAGUAACUCUCAAGAACCAGGGUGCCACUGUUUCCCUCUACCCUCCUUAAUUUAAUGUAUUAUGUACCAACUUUGCUAACCUCUCAUUGAAAAGCAGAAACAAACAAUAAAGCCACGUCUCCUCCUUCUCUUCCAUUCCCCACCGCUUACAUCCACCUUCUGUUCAUAAAACCUCAGAUCAAUAUUAUCUCCUCAGUCCUCUCUCUCUCUCUCUCUCUCUCUCUCUCUCUCUCUCUCUCUCUCAUCUCAUCAAGCACCAUGAGGUCCAACCCGCAAUGUGGCAUCAAUCUCAAGGUCAUCCUCCUCUGCUGCUUCUUCAUCUUCCUCUUCACUAUCUUCAUUGUCAGAUCAACCUUCUCAUCGUCACCAUUACCGUCACCGUUCACGGCCAAUUCCUCACUAUCCCAUCUCAUCCCAAACCCUAAACCCCAACAACAACAACCACCAUGCGAUCAACCCUUCACCCCAACAUGCACCAAAAUUCCACCUUCCCUCGCCCACGCCAUCAUCCACUACGCCACAACAAACGUCACCCCACAACAAACCAUCAAAGAAGUCUCCGUCUCCGCCGCGAUCCUUUCCAAAAAAUCACCCUGCAACUUUCUAGUCUUCGGCCUCGGCCUCGACAGCCUCAUGUGGACGGCUCUCAACCACGGCGGAAGAACCGUCUUCCUCGAAGAAGACAAUUCAUGGAUCGACCAGAUCAAACAGAAGCUGCCGGGCUUAGAGGCCUACCACGUGACGUACGACACCAAGGUCCACCAAGCGGACAAGCUCAUGGAGAUCGGAAGGAAGGAAGAGUGCAAAGCUGUUGGGGAUCCGAGGUUUUCAAAGUGCGAGCUGGCGCUCAAGAACUUGCCGAGCGAUGUGUACGAUAUCGAGUGGGAUUUGAUCAUGGUGGAUGCGCCGACGGGGUACUUCGACGGAGCUCCGGGAAGAAUGGGCGCCAUAUACACGGCGGGGCUGAUGGGGAGGAACAGGGAGGAGGGGGAAACCCAUGUGUUUGUGCAUGAUGUGAAUAGAGUGGUUGAGGACAGCUUCUCCAAGGCUUUUCUCUGUGAGGGGUACUUGACGGAGCAGGAGGGUCUGAUCAGGCACUUCACUAUUCCCAGUCACAGGGCUCGAUUAGGUAGACCAUUUUGCCCUUAGAAGAUGAUGAUCUUGACUUUUUUAUCAUCUUCUCGAUCAAUCUGAUCGGUCGAUUUCCAGCAGAGACCUGGUUGGAUUAAUGGUUGAUAUUAUUUCUUGGGUGAUAUUAUUUCUUGGUUAUUGAAAAGUAGGUAGUGUUGUUCCUCUUUUUAAAAUCUUGUGUUUAAUUUAUGCAAAAGAAAAGGUGGGCCGACGUGCUGGACAAGUGUUUCGGGUCCUGUGUACGUGUAAGUUGUUCACCGUCUAUUGUAAGCAAAAUAACCCAUAUAGAGACAAAACAUCAUUCAAGGAGCCGAAAGUAAAAGGAUUCUUUUUCUUCAUCGAAUUGAACAUAUAAUAAAAUGAAAACAACGGUA